GUCUAUCGUGGGUAGGUUCAGAAAUCUACCUCAACUGAUGAUAUCUAACUUUUCAUGUGUACUCAGUGCCAUUUUGAUGUUUGAAUAACUAAGAAACAAUGGUUACUUUGAAAUACCCAAUUCACCAUUUGAAAUUGUAAUCUUCACUUUUUUUCAUGUGGGUCUCUGGAAAAGUUACAGAAUUAGAACAAUGGUUACUUUGAAAUACCCAAUUCACCAUUAGAACAAACCUACGUUUAAUGCUUUCAGUGUCAUGUUUAGGGAUAUAUUGUUCCUGAAAUAUUGUGUUAAGUCCAAUGGUAUCUACCUCUUAUUCCUUCCCUCAAUCUUCCUUUUCAAUUUCAACUUCAAUUCACCCACGAAAAUAGGAUGUGAGUGAUUGCGCUGAUUUGCUGGAAAAUAGGAAGAAAAUUAGUAGUACUCUGCUGAUUUACUAGAAUUUCCACAGUCACAAAAUAUGCAUAAUUUUUUUGUAAUUGCAGUCUACAGUAUUUAGUGGGAUAAGGUUUGAUAUUGUUGUUGUUGAUAUUCAUGAGUUAUGCUAAUAGUGUGCAUAUAUCAUACAAAGGUAUGCUAAGUCUAGAUACAAAGACUAGGUGGAAUUCAACAUACACAAUGUUGGAGGCAGCUGUACAAUAUGAGAAGGUUUUUGUGUUGUAUGAAGCACGAGAUUCCAAGUUUAAGAAAGCAAUGUCAAAAGAUAAUGGGAAGGGUGUUCCUAUAUUUGCAGAUUGGGACCAUGUGAAGUCUAUUUUGCCUUUUUUGGUUCCUACAGCAAGACCAAGAUUUGGUUCUGUUGUACAUCUCUAGGUUUUCAUGAUAACAAGUAUAUAUUUGUGGAUGAACAAUUUCGGUACUCUAACGUUUGUCUUUUAAGUGUUUGACAAACAGGUUUUGAUUCUAAUUUAAAGAUGAAUUAAUCAGAAGUCAAAGACCAAACAUUGACCAAUGAUCCGCUUCUGCACUCUCUACGUUCUGAUGAACGGUAGAAUUUUCCUUCAGAAGUUCUGAAGACGAAUCUCUGAUAAUGGGUUAUGAAGAUCAAGUGCUGAAGACCAGAAGUUCUGAGUGAACGGUCAAAGACUCUAAAGGCUUGAAGAUUCUGACGACUCAAAGAAAGCUGGUUCUGAAGACCAAGUGCUUCUACUUUAAAGACCAGAAGUUCUGAGUGAACGGUCCAGAUGCUGAAGACUUGUACCUUUGAAGAUCCAAGCUACCUCGUGACUCUGAUCAGAAGCUUCACCAGUUCCAAUGAGAAGUGCCUCUGAAGAUUAGAAGUCAAAAGCAAAAGGCAUGGGUCACUAUCAAAAGUACAAGAACAAUGUACUAUUCUGACCGCCUACCUAACGAGGAUCAGCCACAACAGGUUCUGGAAAUUCCAGAAUUGCCCUCCAACGGAUAGAAUCUUUCAACGGAAACAUCACGUGAAGCUUGGAGUAUAUAAAGGCUGAAGAAAGGAAGAAAUAGCUAAGAGAGAACAUUGCAAUUUAAAAUACACUCAAGAAAAUUCCUUAGCAAUCUAUUUCUUCAUUGUUCUAAAUCUGUUUACACUUACUUGUCUAGAAGCACCUUCAUUGUGAACCCAAACUUUAUUCAAACCUGUUUGUAAUUCCUUAAGGGACCAGAUUCGGUCAUGAGCCUUAAGAAGACUAAGAUUUGUGUCUUAGUGGUUACUAGUUCAUAGGUGUGUUAGUCACUUAGCAAGUUCUGCUAGUGCAGACUGUAACAACCUUUGAUUAGUAGAUUACCUUCAUUCAAAGAAGGAACAAAUCACCUUGGCGGGUGGCCUGGACGUAGCUUGAGGUUUUUCUAGGGAACCAUGAUAAAGUCAUUGUGUCAUUCUAUCUUUUAUCCUUUGCACCUUCUAGCCUAAGAAACCGAAAGAUUUAUUUGAAAUCUUAAAGGGAAACGUUUUAUUUGCAAAAACCUAUUCAACCCUCCCCCCCUUUCUAGAGUUUUUCAUACCUUCAAUUGGUAUCAGAGCGUAAGUUCUGAUUACCACACUUAACAGUCUUCAGUAGAUCCGGGCUGUGUGAAAAACUCUAUGGCUUCCACCUUUGUUGGAGACAAAGAUCAAUACAGUGCAAAACCUCGCAUCUUUGAUGGUGAGAAGUUUGAUUAUUGGAAUGAUAGAAUAGAAAGCUUCUUUCUUGGCUUUGAUGUGGAUCUUUGGGACAUUGUUGUUGAUGGCUACAACUUCCCUGUAGAUGAACAUGGAGUAAAGAUUCCGAGAGACAAGAUGACUAGAGCUGAGAAAAAGAAGUUCAAGGACCACCACAGAGCAAGAACCAUUUUGCUCAAUGCUAUCUCAUAUGAAGAAUAUGAUAAGACCACUGACAGAGAAUCUGCAAAGUCUAUCUUUGAUUCUCUAAGGAUGACUCAUGAAGGCAACGCUCAAGUCAAGGAGACAAAGGCUCUAGCCCUAGUCCAGAAGUAUGAAGCCUUCAAAAUGGAAGAUGAUGAAUCUGUAGAAGCCAUGUUCUCCAUAUUCCAGAUGCUCACUGUUGGACUUAGAGUUCUGGACAAAGGAUACUCUACAGUAGAUCAUGCCAAGAAGAUCAUCAAAAGUCUCCCCAAGAAAUGGAGACCUAUGGUGACUACUCUGAAGCGGACUAAAGAUCUUAACAAGAUCAGUCUUGAGGAACUUAUUAUUUCUUUGAGAAGUCAUGAGAUUGGGCUUCAUGAAGAUGAACCUCAAAGAAAGCAUAAAUCUGUGGGGAAUGAGUUGAUAUCAAAGAUGAACUCUAGCUUGAAAUCUCUAUAUGAGCUAUAUGGAGGCAAGGAAGCGGGUUCUCAAAGACAACUCGACCAAAUGGAUGUAGAUGAUGAUGUUUAGUGCAUGAAUUACUACAACUAAGAAACUGGAUCCCGGGUUGAUGCUACGUCUGAGUUGGAGAAAUACUUGAAUGAAGACCGUUAGCCUCUUACUAAAGGGGUUGAGUUUGAUAUUCUAAGUUGGUGGAAGGUCAACUCAAGUAGACUUCCGAUGCUUUCAAGAAUAGCUCGAGAUAUAUUAGCCAUUCCGGUCUCUACGGUAGCAUCAGAAUCUGCAUUCAGCACUGGAGGAAGGGUGUUGAAUGAUUUUCGGAGUUCCCUAACUCCGAAAAUGGCAGACAUGUCGAUUUGUACCCAAGACUGGAUGAAAGGAACACCUUUUCCCUGGUUUCUAGUGAGGACUUUGAGGAGCUUGAGAGAUUUGAGAAAGAGCUUGUUCAACGAGAACUGAUUGCUGGUUCAGAAAAUUUCAACCUUUACGAUGAUGAUGAUGAUGGCCUUUAAGUGGUGCUUUGUGUUUUGAUGAUAGAGUGAAAGGAAUUGGGAGGUUUGGAGAAGAUGCUGAGUGGAGGAAGAUGGGAAGAGAGUUGCUAUUGUUUCUUUAAGAGUUAGUUUAUGUAAUGUCGUGAUUUAAAUAUUUGGUAGGAAGAUAAUUUAAGUGAUUUUCACAUUAUGAUUGCUUUCUUUUAAAAAGUUCUUGUUAUUGAACAGUCCUGGUUAAUCUUUUUAAUAUCUUUUAUUGA